AUGCUCUUUCUGCAGUUUGUGGCUGAGCAGCAGUUUGAGCAAGACCCAGAUUCUACAUGUUUUGGAAGGAAGGAUGUCGUAGAGCACUUGCUGCAGACAGGAGCCAAUGUUCAUGCUCGUGACGACGGAGGGCUCAUACCCCUGCACAAUGCCUGCUCUUUUGGUCAUGCUGAAGUGGUUAGUCUGUUACUAUGUCAAGGGGCAGACCCAAAUGCUAGAGACAAUUGGAACUACACUCCUUUGCAUGAAGCUGCUAUCAAGGGGAAAAUAGAUGUGUGUAUUGUGCUGCUGCAGCACGGAGCUGAUCCAAACAUUCGGAACACCGAUGGGAAAUCUGCGCUGGACCUGGCAGACCCUUCAGCAAAAGCUGUACUCACAGGUGAAUACAAGAAGGACGAACUCCUGGAAGCUGCUAGGAGUGGUAAUGAAGAAAAACUGAUGGCUUUAUUGACUCCUUUAAAUGUGAACUGCCAUGCAAGUGAUGGGCGUAAGUCCACUCCUUUACACCUAGCAGCAGGCUACAACAGGGUUCGAAUAGUCCAACUCCUGCUUCAGCAUGGUGCAGACGUUCAUGCAAAGGAUAAAGGUGGUCUUGUGCCUCUUCAUAAUGCAUGUUCAUAUGGACACUAUGAGGUUACAGAGCUGCUGCUUAAGCAUGGUGCCUGUGUGAAUGCUAUGGACCUCUGGCAAUUUACCCCCUUGCACGAGGCUGCUUCCAAGAACCGCGUAGAGGUCUGCUCCCUCCUGCUGAGCCACGGUGCGGAUCCCACGUUAGUCAACUGCCACGGCAAGAGCGCGGUCGAUAUGGCUCCGACGCCUGAGCUGAGGGAGAGACUGACCUACGAAUUCAAAGGACACUCUUUACUGCAAGCAGCCAGAGAGGCAGACCUAGCCAAAGUCAAGAAGACACUUGCUUUGGAGAUCAUUAAUUUUAAGCAGCCACAGUCGCAUGAGACUGCACUGCACUGUGCUGUGGCCGCUGUGCAUCCCAAACGGAAGCAAGUUACGGAACUUUUGCUCAGGAAAGGAGCAAAUGUUAAUGAGAAAAACAAAGAUUUCAUGACACCUUUGCAUGUUGCAGCUGAAAAAGCUCAUAAUGAUGUCAUGGAAGUUCUGCAUAAACAUGGAGCGAAGAUGAAUGCACUGGACACACUUGGUCAAACAGCGUUGCACAGGGCUGCAUUAGCAGGCCACUUGCAAACCUGCCGGCUCUUGCUGAAUUAUGGCUCUGAUCCCUCCAUCAUCUCUUUACAAGGCUUCACAGCAGCACAGAUGGGAAAUGAAGCAGUGCAACAGAUUCUGAGUGAAAGUACGCCUGUGCGCACAUCUGAUGUGGAUUAUCGGUUGUUAGAAGCAUCCAAAGCUGGAGACUUGGAAACUGUGAAGCAACUUUGCAGCCCUCAGAAUGUGAAUUGUAGAGAUUUGGAAGGCCGUCAUUCAACGCCACUGCACUUUGCUGCAGGAUACAACCGCGUAUCAGUGGUGGAGUAUCUGUUGCACCAUGGGGCAGAUGUGCAUGCCAAAGAUAAAGGUGGUUUAGUACCCCUGCACAAUGCCUGUUCUUACGGACACUACGAAGUGGCUGAACUCUUGGUGAGGCACGGUGCUUCUGUCAAUGUGGCAGACCUGUGGAAAUUCACUCCUCUACAUGAAGCAGCAGCAAAAGGAAAAUACGAAAUCUGCAAACUGCUUUUAAAACAUGGAGCUGAUCCGACAAAAAAGAAUCGAGAUGGGAACACUCCUCUAGAUUUGGUGAAAGAAGGAGACACAGAUAUCCAGGACUUACUGCGAGGAGAUGCUGCCUUGCUAGAUGCUGCCAAGAAGGGGUGCCUGGCACGAGUGCAGAAGCUGUGUACUCAAGAAAAUAUCAAUUGCAGAGACACCCAGGGAAGAAAUUCAACACCACUACAUCUUGCAGCUGGCUACAACAAUUUGGAAGUAGCUGAAUACCUUCUUGAGCAUGGUGCUGAUGUUAAUGCCCAGGACAAAGGAGGAUUAAUCCCCUUACACAAUGCAGCAUCCUAUGGGCAUGUGGAUAUAGCAGCACUGUUGAUCAAAUACAAUACAUGUGUAAAUGCAACAGAUAAAUGGGCAUUCACACCAUUGCACGAAGCUGCACAAAAAGGAAGGACACAGCUCUGUGCCCUGCUGUUAGCUCAUGGAGCAGAUCCAACCAUGAAGAAUCAGGAGGGUCAGACACCACUAGACCUGGCAACAGCUGAUGAUAUCCGAGCUUUGCUGAUAGAUGCGAUGCCUCCGGAAGCUUUGCCUACAUGCUUUAAGCCUCAAGCUACUGUUGUUAGUGCCUCCCUGAUCUCACCAGCAUCUACGCCGUCCUGCCUCUCCGCUGCCAGCAGUAUAGAUAACCUCACUGGGCCGCUGGCAGAACUAGCCGUAGGAGGGGCGUCAAAUGCUGGCGAUGGAGCAGCAGGAACUGAAAGGAAGGAAGGCGAAGUUUCUGGUCUUGACAUGAACAUUACCCAGUUCCUAAAAAGCCUGGGUCUUGAACACCUUCGGGACAUCUUUGAGACAGAACAGAUAACUCUGGAUGUGUUGGCAGACAUGGGGCAUGAGGAACUUAAAGAAAUUGGGAUCAAUGCUUAUGGACACCGCCACAAAUUGAUAAAAGGUGUGGAGAGACUGCUAGGAGGGCAGCAAGGCACCAAUCCUUAUUUGACUUUCCACUGCGUCAGUCAGGGGACCAUUCUCCUUGACCUUGCUCCUGAUGACAAGGAGUAUCAGUCCGUAGAAGAGGAGAUGCAAAGUACAAUCCGGGAGCAUCGGGAUGGUGGAAAUGCUGGCGGAAUCUUCAACAGGUACAAUGUCAUCAGGAUUCAAAAGGUUGUGAACAAGAAGUUGCGAGAGAGGUUCUGUCACAGACAGAAGGAGGUCUCUGAGGAGAAUCAUAAUCAUCACAAUGAACGCAUGUUGUUUCAUGGGUCUCCUUUUAUUAAUGCUAUCAUUCACAAAGGAUUUGAUGAAAGGCAUGCAUACAUUGGAGGAAUGUUUGGAGCUGGAAUUUACUUUGCUGAGAACUCCUCAAAAAGCAACCAGUAUGUGUAUGGUAUAGGGGGAGGAACGGGCUGUCCCACACACAAGGACAGGUCCUGCUAUAUCUGCCACAGACAAAUGCUCUUCUGUAGAGUGACCCUUGGAAAAUCCUUUCUUCAGUUCAGCACAAUGAAAAUGGCUCAUGCCCCUCCAGGGCACCAUUCUGUUAUUGGCCGGCCAAGCGUGAAUGGACUUGCGUACGCCGAGUAUGUUAUCUAUAGAGGAGAACAGGCAUACCCGGAAUAUCUCAUUACUUACCAGAUUGUGAAACCAGAAGCUCCUUCACAGACAGCAACAGCAGCAGAGCAAAAGACCUAGUAGCUACAGAGCAGUGAGGAAGGAUGUGACUUCAAUCUUGAACUGGAUGGAUACGUAUUUCAGAAAAUCAGUAUCAUAUAAAAUCCUUAACAACCUGGAAAUGAGCUGUAUGUCUCUUAUAAAGCAUUGGUGUCUUGAUGAAUACGAUAUGAGUAACUCUUGCAUACUCAACUGCUACUGUUCCUUUUGAGGAAAGUUUACAAGGGACUGCCUUUUAAUAACAUAUCUCAGGCUCCUAGUCUCCGCAGUUACCCUGUGUAAAAUAAUGGUGUUUUGAUCUAGACUUUGGGAACGUUAUUGUGCAAAUGGAAGUCUUUAUCAAUGCCAUCUCACA